AGGUCAAGGCUGAGAAUGCAAAGUUAAGGUGCGCUUUAGAAGAACAUGAAGCUAGGUUCACGAGACUAGAGCAGAGAGAUAAAGAAAAGACCAAUCUUAUUGCCAAAAUGGAUGAUGAUAUCAAGGAAAUCAAACAAUCAUCGGCCAAUGCCAGCUCUGUCGAGAAUCCCAACAAUGUUGUUCGCCUGGGUAAACUAGAAAAGAUGGCAAAGCCAUCAAAUACAUCUGAUAAAAUUUCGGAAGAGUUCGAAAAAACUGUUCCCUCAGGGAACGAUCAGAGUCAUGUGACUUCAGUUGAAUCAGAUCUCACGAAGCAAAAUAAUGAUGAGCUGAUUCUGGAGGAAUCACUAGAUAGAAAUCAAAUCAUAGAACAGGGUCUAAUACAAGAGCUGUGUGGUACCUUUGGCACCUGUUCAUCCAUAUCCACUGAAGAUAAUAUCAGCUCUAUCGAUACUAAUUUCUCUUGCAAUGGAUCAGAGAAUAUAAUUUCGG